AUGACUUGUCUGCUACCAACUCCUUCCUCUAUGUCUAUGGGCAGGGCAUCUCUACAUGGGACUUCCCUGGAUACUUUUCAACUCAUAUCGGAGCAAGGAAGCAAGUGGCUAAAAUGGUGGAAGUUACUUCAGCGCUUGGGGGAAGAGGACUCUCUACCACUGCUGAUUGGAUCCGGGGAUGCUCAAACGGAUAACAACAAAAAGAAGAGUGAGGGUUCUAUGGUAUGGAUGGCUUUGGUGAGCAUAGCAGGAAAGACCGACGAGAAAUUGAUGUCUGUAGAAGAAGGAAUUGAAAGCUAG